UUGUGUUGCCAUGCCGUAAAACACUUUGCGCGACCUGCCAGAAGACAGACAGCAGGCCUUAAAGCUUAUAAAUACAUAGACGAUGAGCGUAGGGUUGUCAAAACGCACUUUCUUUUCAUAGGCAGUAUUAUAGUUUUUCUCACAAUGAUUAUAGAAAAUGUCGAAGCCCUGAAGACAUGGCUUGCAAAACUCCUGGAGCCAAUAUGUGACGCCGACCCCUCUGCGUUGGCCAACUAUGUGGUGGCUCUUGUGAAGAAGGACAAACCGGAAAAGGAGCUAAAGGCUCUCUGCGCAGAUCAGCUUGAUGUCUUCCUACAAAAGGAGACGAUGGGAUUUGUUGAUAAGCUUUUUGAGUCCCUGACAACAAAGAACUACCUGGGAAAUCCUGCUGCCAAGGAGUCACCAAAAGAAGAGGUGAAGCCGUCUGCAGUGAAGACCGAUGUUGUUGAGGCUGAAACUCCAGAGGAGGACAGAGAAAACAGGCGCAGGAGAAGCCCCCUGAGAGCCCGCUCCAACUUCAACGAAUCCAGGGGCCGUGACGACAGGAGGCGGGACGAGCGCAAGAGGCGGGACUUUGAGCGGCACGGGAAAGGCGGUGGUGUCGGCGACUCCCACCGUGAGCGGGAGCGCCAUGAGCGUCGCCGAGCCAGCCCCCGUGGGAGGAGCUACAGCAAGAGCCGCAGCAGGAGUCGUAGCAGGAGCAACAGCCAGGGGAAGAGCAGGGAGCACAGAGGAGGCAGAGAGUUCAAGUCCAAGUUUGAGGUGGAGAGAAAGGAUACGGACGGCUACAACACUUCAGCCACAUCCCAGCAAUCCUCUCUGCUGGCCCUUCCUGCACCUCAGCACCCCUUCUCCUCCUCCUCCUCCUCAUCCACGGGACCCCAAGGACCUGGAGUUCCUAUCGUAACCUCCGCUCACCUGCCCGACAGCACUACAGACAGCUGGUCUAGUUACUACAACGCUCAGAGACAAGAUGGCGUCAGCAAGCCCUUCAGCAACAAGAGCGCUCCGCUAAAGCAGCGCUGCAGGGAUUAUGACGAAAAAGGAUUUUGUGUCCGUGGUGAUCUUUGCCUAUUCGACCACGGAAACGACCCCCUCAUCGUCGAUGAUGUCACGCUGCCCAAUAUGAUCCCCUUUCCGCCCCCGCCCAUUGUGCCCCCUGCUGGUUUGCCCAUGCCUCUGAUCACCGAGCCACCUCCCACCCUCAGGAUACCGCCGAUGCCUCCAUAUGGGCAGCCGCCACCGCCGGGGGUCUUCCCAAUGACUGGACCCCCACUGAUAGCUACCAGUGGGAUUGAAACCCCCAACCACCAAUCUGCAAUCACUUCUUCUCCUCCUCUCGGACCACCUGGCGUAGGGCUGCCACCCACUCUUCCGCCUCCUCCCCCUCCUCCUCCUCCUCCUCAGCCUCCUUCUUCGUCCUCAUCUGUGUCUCUUCGCCCCCAAUAUGUCCAGUCUGAAUAUACCUAUGAUCCAGAAGGCUACAACCCAGAGUCUCCAGGCCUGACGGCAGCAGCCCGUAACUCCUACCGUCAGUUCAUCCCUCGGGUUCAGACCCAGCGCUCCAACCUCAUCGGCCGCGAGGCAGGACAAGGACAGGGGCCCAGAGCUGCCAACAUCGUAAUCCAGACAGAACCUGCAGCUGUUCCUGCCGUACCCGGCAAUAACGUGCCACGUUUUAACGUGGAGAUGGACAACAGAAAGAGGACGAUGGGACCUGGGGCAGCUGAGGGACCUGCUGCUAAAAAACCGUGGAUGGAAAAGCCGAACUUCAUCAAUCAGGAUAAGGGCGUUUUUCCAAAGAGAAAUUACUACAUGAACACAAAGUUAGAGGUGCGCAAGAUUCCACGCGACCUCAACAACAUCACCAAGCUCAAUGAGCACUUUAGCAAGUUUGGAACCAUUGUCAAUAUUCAGGUGGUGUUUGGCGGAGACCCAGAGGCGGCACUGAUCCAGUACACAAAGAAUGAGGAGGCCAGAAGAGCUAUUUCCAGCAUCGAGGCCGUCCUCAAUAACCGCUUCAUUCGUGUGUACUGGCACCGCGAGCCCAGCAUUAACAUUGCAGGUGUUCAGGAGCAGGGCUCGGGUAGUCAGGGGGGCGGAGCGGCACCGAGCCCAGGACUCCAACACGGCAAUAUGCACAAGGGGAUCAAGCAGCACAACCCAGCAGCUUACGUGCUGAACAAAACCGUACCCAAACACCACCUGAAUGUAACGAAGACAGACGGACUCAAUCCCAACUCUGACAAUGCCAAUGUGUUGCCUAACACCCAGAAGGGCUCUUACACCUCCACAGCCCUUAAGUCGUCCUCAAAGAGCCUUGGGAAAACGGGAAAAGCUCUGGAAGCACAGGAAGCUCUCAAGAAGAAACAGGCACCUUUAAAACUCCAACAAGACAUGAGGAAAAAGAAGCAAGAGAUGCUAAAAACGCAGAUUGAGUGUCAGAAAGCACUGAUCAGCCGUCUGGAGAAGAAUCGAGGGAUGAAGCCAGAGGAGAGGGCUAAUAUCAUGAAAACCCUGAAGGAACUCACGGAGAAGAUUACACAACUACAGAACGAAAUGAACUCCGCAUCUCAGGCCUUGAGCGGCAAAACCAACCACAGCCAGCCCAAAACCAAGACUGACGCACAGAAGGAGUUACUGGAUGCCGAGCUCGACUUUCACAAGAAGAUGAGCUCUGGAGAGGACACGACAGACCUCAAGAGAAAACUGGGGCAGCUGCAGGUAGAGGCAACACGUUUGGGUCUGAUCCGGCCUCCGGUUGGGCGCGGACGAGGCCGGGGGAAAAUCCCGCCGGAACUGGGCUCCGUGCCUGGCGGCCGCGGCAGGAGCCGAAGCCGGGAGAUGAUGUCUCGUGGUGGGGUUGUUAACCGCAUGGUGGUGGACCACAGGCCCAGAGCGCUGACCAUAUUAGGAGUGGCACAGGAAGAGAAGGAAGAGCUAAUGCCACACUUUGUGAAAUUUGGUGAAAUUGAAGAACUCCGCGACCAAGACGCCAACAGUGUCAUCAUGACCUUUAAGACGAGAGGUGAAGCUGAGAAUGCAGCCAAUCAGGGAGCUAAGUUCAAAGGUCGUGUUCUGCAGAUUUCCUGGUACAAACCCAAGACGCCCUCUGUUACAGCCGAGCCAGAGGACGAAGAGGCUAAAGACGAGGACGGUUCGAAGGAACCGAGCUCAUAUUUACCAGGAGAGGAGCAGCGGGGAGAGGAGGAGGAAGAGGAGGAGGACGAUGAUGAGGACGACGAGUACGAAAGCCGUUCUUGGAGGCGAUAGAAUCAACUCUAUCAUCUUUCCUCUAGUAUCUGUUUUUGUUGAACUAUAAACGAUUAAAAAAAAACAUCUUUACUUUAUCGGAACCCAGAAGAACUCUGACUCUCCAUGAAACAACAUUUCAUUUUUGCUGAGGAUGAUAAACGUUGAGUUGUUAUAGAUCUAAUGUAAGUUUUGGCGUGCUUACCAGAUGAUAAAUAUCAGUAACACACAACGUUUGUGUUUACUGUGAAUAGGUAUUUUUUUACAUUCUGUAUUUAAGCUCCUCUCUCACCAGGAUUAAUUUUGUAGAAUCUCGUCCUCCAUUCAUGGACGGUCAUUCCUUCACCGGUAGGAGGUUCUCCAUCUCUUUUCAAGAGAGACUUGUUUAUUUAUUUCUCCAGCACAUAAAUGUACUGAGUCACACUGUUCAGUAGUGGCUUUCUCCAUAAAAUCUGAACGGAUAAAACUUUUUUUUGAUCGCUCUUUAUGCUAGCUUGUACGACCUGGAUUUACCGGAUUGAACAGAGCCACCACGACGCAGCUUCUCACGGUGCUGUUGCACCACCAUGGAAGGAUCCUGGUGCACUAAACCACCUGACGGCUUUUACAGCCAUGUCGACUACACACAGUCCUUUAGCAUCUGUUCAGUUUUCUUCCUCUAAUCGGUCUACGUCCACGUUUGUGAAAACGCACCGAAACGGGCGUUGCACAAUUUCUAAGAGUGAAAAGCGUUUAAAAAAUCUGAUCACCCGUUUCAAAUAUGUGACUUCCAUAAAAAGGUGUUUGAAUGUAAAACCGUUGAUUUUUUUUUUUUUUUUUUUUUUUUUUGCCUUUCACAGUCAGCAGAUUGCUGGGUUUUUACUGAAAUUUAGAUUUGUAAAUUUUGUAAAUGCUUUAAUUAGAAAUAGCUGUAUUAUUUUUUGCUAAGUUUUAUUUUACUUAAAAUGUGGGGUUGCAUCAGUCAGAAGAGGCCAGACACUAGUCCUUUGCUGUUUAUUUGCAUCAAACUGUCCCUUUUUUUAAAUUAUACCUGACAUCCUAAUGGCAGGGGUCUGAGUUAAAAAAAAACCACUGAAAGUAAUUUGCUCUUGUGCAAAACUGCUCCAAUUUAAACACUGUCGGUGUUCAGAACUUGUUUGAUAAAUAACUCAAAUUAAUUAUUUUUUAUUUACACAUACUGUACAUCAAAGUCUGCAGGGUGGGAGGAGCUAAACCAGAUAGAUGAGUCAUUCCUGUUCAACAAAUCAUAUCAAACCAACCCGAGAAGGAUUUACUCGCUGGUCUGUAGCCGUCUUUAGACAGAGACGCAGACAGGAAUGUGCAUUUCUGUCUGAAAUUCAAUAACAGGAUUGUUUUGUUUUUAAAGACUCACUGGCCAGGAGAUUCCAGAUCUGAUUGAGGCGUGCUCGUCCUGUUCAUCCAUCUGUCACUCUUUACUAAAUACAUGACGGAAGGAUGAUAUGUUUAAGACUUUUCACUUUAUUAGGUCACUGAUUGGUUUAAGGAAUGAACCAAUAAGUGGCAGGAUUUUCUUUUCUUGUGUAAGUGAGAAUUUAGUGUCUCCUGACCACUUUUUGUACUAUCUGUAUGCUACCAUCACACAAAUAGUGUAAAAAAUGUAAAAGGUUUAUUGAAUAAUAGUUUUGAAUUUGUUACUGUUUAUAUUUGCAGGAUGUGUAUGUAUUUUUUUCUUCAUGUAAUUUGUUUGUAAAAAAAAAGAUUUAUAAUUUACUAGCAUGUUUGCUUUUGCCAAUAAAGAUGGAGGAAUGGGGUGCUUGUAAAAAAAAUAAAAGAAGAAAAAGAUUGACAAAUGAAAAAAAGAAAAAAUUCGAUUGUGACAAAGGGAAAAAAUGAUUUGGAGGGAAAAAAAGAAAAAGAAGAUUUGACACUAAAAAAAAUGCAAGCAAAAGCAUUCCAGAAAUCAACAUUUUAAA